CUUACAGAAAGUUGGAUAGGGAGAGGAGUGACAAAUACCUGUUGUGCCAUUAAUUUCACACCAAAAACACUUUUAGAAUGAUUCAUAUGUCUAUUGACACUGUAAUUAUACGUAAGAAAUGUUCGUUAGAAAUAGGAAAAUGAUGAGUAACCUACUCCAGCAAAGUCUGAAAGUAUUUAUUCUAGGCUAUGUGCCCGAGGGACUUCUCAAUUUGGUGUUCUCAACUGACUGAUAGUGUUUCAUCAAACUACAUACUCUGCAUAUUCUACGGAGCCCGUAGACCUAUUCACGGAUCUGCUUACUUGUUUUAGAUGAAAAGCUAUUGAAACCUGGAAAUAGUCUGUCAUGCUUCAACGGAAAAUUCAUGCAAGUUCAAAUAAAUAUAUUAGAGACACGGGAAGAAUGGAUCGGGCACAACGAAAGUCUUGUGUAGGCCUAUUUGCUUUACAAGGCGUGUGACACAUUGAAGUGAGUUUGACAUGGCGUGCUGGCAAUGGUGCCGUCGGACCUGCGUUUGUUUCCUGGACAAUGAAGAGAGGCAGACUAUUGCUAUUGACAAGGAGAUUCAGAGCAUUCUCCGAAAGCAGAAGAAGAGAGAACGCAAAGAAAUCAAAGUUCUUUUACUCGGCACGGGGGAGAGUGGGAAAACCACCUUCAUCAGACAGAUGAGGAUCAUCCAUGGAAGAGGCUUCUCUGAGGAGGAAAGACGGGACUUCGCCAAGCUCAUCUACCAGAACAUCUUCACAGCUGUGAAGGCUAUGACCCGGGCCAUGAUCACCCUCAGACUGCCCUAUGCCUACCCAGAGAAUGAGAUGUAUGACAGGUGGGUGCAGGAUGUGGAUGUCUCUGUCACCCAGCUGGACAGAGGCAAUGUGGAUGCCAUCCGCCGUCUCUGGGCCGACCCAGGCCUCCGGGUCUGCUACAGCCGCCGCAGCGAGUACCAGCUGUUGGACUCCACAGAGUACUACAUGACAAAUCUGGACCGCAUAUCAGCCCCAGACUACAUCCCCACUGCUCAGGACGUACUGCGAGUUCGAUUCCCCACCACUGGCAUCCAUGACUACUCCUUCACUGUGGAGAAAAUCACACUCAGGAUUGUGGAUGUGGGUGGACAGAAGUCAGAGAGGCGGAAGUGGAUCCAUUGUUUUCAGGACGUCACAUCCCUCAUUUUCCUGGCUUCCCUCAGUGAGUACGACCAGGUCCUGGAGGAGAGAGAGACCGAUAACCGUAUGGAGGAGAGCUUGGCUCUGUUCUACACCACCAUCCACUCCCCCUGGUUCCUCAACACCUCCAUCAUCCUCUUCCUCAACAAGACAGACAUCCUCGCUGAUAAGAUCCAGGCGUCCGACCUGCAGAAGUACUUCCCAGGGUUCACAGGAAAGCGAUGUGACGCUCAGGAUGCUAUGAAGUAUAUACAGAAGAUGUAUAAGCAGCAGACUCACAGCCGGGACAAGGAGAAGAGCAAGACGCUGUACCCCCACUUCACCUGCGCCACCGACACCAACAACAUCUGCAAUGUAUUCAAUGCCGUCAAGGACACGGUGCUCCUCAAGGCCCUCAGGGACUAUGGGGUGAUCUGAUGGACCUGGGGGCCCUCCUGCCUGGGGAGCAACACUCAACCAACACUCAGGGCUGAAGAGACUCUCCCCCAAUCCAUUCCUCGCUCACUUUUCUCCUCUCUCCAUCUCAGCGCUGGGGAUGGGGAUGCUUUCUGGCAAGGAUCUAAUCAUAGUUAUUUCCCCCUCUGGUUGUUAUUGUAUAAUGUUGUGUGUAAGGGCUUGGAGAUGCAGUGCCCUACCAGUGCUUGAAACUGGACUUGAGAUGUCAUGAAGUGAGCUUCACGAUACUUUAGGAUAAUUUGGACAUAAAUGAUCAAAUUGGUCCCAUGACAGAUUUGUGCUACAAAUGUUGGCAUUUGGAAAACGUGCAAGGGAAACAAACCAAAGAAUGGAUUGCUGUCAUACUGUAUCUUGUACACAGACUGCUUACAGGGUAAGGGAACUAAUGUGUCAUUGUGUAAUUUGGGUGAAAUAUCCCUUUAAGAGCAGGAGCUAAGUACAGGGUGAAUACUAGCUGACAGGCAUGCUGCUGUUAAUGCUAUUAGGUGGUUGAGGGAGGCCAGUAGAAAUGAAAGCCUGGUAUCCUGAGCGGUUCAAGUCUUGCUACUGUCUGAUACCUCCAAAAAAUCAACAUAAAAAGAACAGAGUGGAGUUGUGAUGUGAAUGGUGAUAGGCUACAGCCCACGGUAGGGCUUUGAUUUGAGCGGUGGAGUUUCCUGAUCAUCUCUUCGGGCUGUGCCAUCAAAGGUUACACAGCAAAACAAGGAUUUAAUCAUUGUAUUUAUUAUUAACAUCUCUUUAUUUAUCGUUGGCUAGUUCUUUUACUCUGGUCCCGAUAUCCAAAUUUAUGUUCAGUCGAUAUUUAGCUCAGUAGGCUUUGGCUGUGCUCAAAUUGUUACUAGGUCGGUAGGAUUUUAUAUUGGAUUUUAUAUUGGUGCAAUUGAAGCAAUAUUGUCUCUAUACAUAUGAGUGUAAUAUCCAUCUCAAUAUGAGUGAGUGGAGCAAGGUGGAGUCUGUCUGAUAAUACAGGUAUUAAUAUUCUAACCUGUGUGCGUGUGUGUGCGUGUGCGUGUGUGUGUGUGUGUGUGUGUGUGUAAAGAAACUUCAAGAUCAGAUUAAAACCUCUUCCAUUUAAUUGAAUACAGUAAUGACAAAUUGACUUAGAUCAUGUAGUGUAGUAUGCAUCUAUUUGAUCAAGAUUUCAGAAUAUUGCUUUGGGACAGUGUGAAUAAUGUAUACAGUAUAAGGAUUUGACCUGUGUUUUCUAACUUUUGACCGAAUAGCUUUUUUGUAAAGGAUUUGAGUCUGAAUGUGCAACUGUUGUAUAGCUAUAUACGGUAUCUUCCCCUGCAGAACUGAACAUGAGCCCUGCUGUUGUGAAAUAUUAAUUGUGUUCAGCUUAUUUUUAUAUUAGACAACCUCCUCAAUAGCUACAGUAACUGGAGUUGUUGUAUAUCUUACAGACUUAAACAUUGGGAGAACUCUUAUUUGGUGAAAAUAUUUUGUAUAGAUUUGGCAAGAAUUUGGUGGAAAUAUUUUCAGAUUAAAGAUAUGUUUUGACAAAGA